GACGGUCGCGAAGUUUUCGCCGCUGCUCCAAUCACUUUCGAGUGGUUUCUGUCUCAAUAUCUCUAGAUUGCCGGCCAAUUGCUAGAACUCGUUCAUUCGAUUUGACCAUAGACAGACGUCAUUACAAUCCAUUGCAUAAUGGCUGUUACAAUUGUUCUCGGUAGCCAGUGGGGUGAUGAAGGAAAGGGAAAAAUCACGGACAUGCUGUCGCAGGAGGCGACGCUCUGCUGCCGUGCUGCUGGCGGUCACAACGCCGGCCACACCAUCGUCCACGGCAACGUAACUUACGACUUCCACAUUCUGCCCUCCGGUCUUGUUUCAGAUAAGUGCAUAAACCUCAUCGGUGCCGGAACCGUCGUGCACGUCCCUAGUUUCUUCAAGGAAUUGGCGGCGUUGGAGGCAAAGGGUUUGAAAGGCGCCGCGGCCCGCGCUUUUAUCUCGGAUCGCGCUCACGUCUGCUUCGACCUGCACUCUGUUGUCGAUGGUCUUGAGGAGAAGGGACUUGGUGGCAGGAAGGUUGGUACGACUGGUAAGGGCAUUGGGCCUUGCUACAGUGACAAGGCUUCAAGAAGGGGUGUGCGUGUGGGGGAGAUUCUGGACGAGGAAGUCUUUGAGCGGAAACUAAGGACUUUGCACGCCGGAUACACAGCUCGAUUCGGCCAGUUGGACUACGACGUUGAAGAGGAGAUUGCGCGGUUCAAGGAGUAUCGAAAGCUGCUCGUCCCGCACAUCGUCGACCAAUUGGCCUUCUUCAACAAGCACAAGGACUCCUCCAAUACCCUGGUCGAAGGCGCAAACGCCCUCCUGCUUGACCUGGACCACGGCACCUACCCCUUCGUGACCUCCUCCUCCACCGGCCUCGGUGGCGCUGUGCAGGCCCUUCAUCUCAACCCCACUAGCAUCAAGUCUAUCAUUGGCGUCGUGAAAGCUUACACCACUCGCGUCGGUUCUGGCCCCUUCCCCAGCGAACAACUCAACGAAGCCGGCGAGAAGCUCCAGAAGGUCGGUCGCGAGUUCGGCGUCACCACCGGCCGCAAACGCCGCUGCGGCUGGUUCGAUCUCGUCCUCCUUCGGUACUCUCAGUCAAUCAACCACUACACGGCGCUCAACCUCACCAAGCUCGACAUCCUCGACGACUUUGACGAGAUCAAGGUUGCUGUUGCCUAUACCUUGCCGGACGGCACUCGUCUGGAGAACACUAUUCCAGCGGACGCGGAGGUUCUUAACAAGGUCGAUGUCGAGUAUGUUACAUUGCCUGGUUGGAAGAGCAACACCAUGGGUGUGAAGAAAUAUGAGGACCUUCCGGAGAACGCGCGCAAAUACAUUGAGUACAUUGAGCGCGAGCUAGGCGGCGUUCCUGUGAAAUGGAUUGGUACUGGCCCUGCUCGUGACGACAUGAUUUGCCGUGAGUAGAUGAAUGGCUUUACGACAUUUCUCUGACGCUUGACAACCUACAACAUUUCACCUUUUUACCACCCCUCAUAUCAUUGUGGAAAGAAAAAGCGACAAAGCGGAAAGAGAAAUUAGUACCAAAUAUGAUGGAAUAGAGCUUUUUAUGUUCUCCUAGAGAGAAACGGUAUGAUCUUUGCGUCCAGUUAAUCUUCCUAUAUAUUUUUAUUUCUUUAUUCUCUGUGAGAGUUCAUUGACUUGUACAAGUUUUGGAGUUCCAAUAAAGCGUGUACGAUUUUUGCCUCCAUUUUAUCUUCCCUUCGGUGAUCGUCAU